CAGGAGUUCUCUUACACAGUAACUCGGCGUCGGGACAAAAGGAAGCUGACCGAUCUCUCCUCCCCUUUUGUGCGGGUUGCUGUGCUCGCCAGCCGUUUGACAGCUGGUUGGCGCCCAGAUCCGAGGAUUCCGGCACUUGAGCUUUGGGUUCCGCCAAAUCUGCAUCUUCCCGUCGAUCGUUGCCCCUAGUUAGCUCGAGCCUACUGUAGUUCCACCGCCGGACCCGGUCCGGACUUGAUCUCGAAUCCGAAAUUUCGCAGCGGCUAUUCAAGUUUCCACGACGACUAUCUCGAAUAUCUUGUGCGGCGUCGGCGUAGUUGAUACUUAUGCGGGAAUGGCUUGCAGUUAAGAAGUCUGCGCCCCUUUGCAAUUCAGCUUCCUUUCUCUGCAAGCGCUGCGGCCACUUCCCCUUCCACGCGCGACGACCCGACCCUUAUCUUCGGCCAUGGGGUGGUUGACGACGUUGUCGGGGUAUCUCACCCCGGCAUUCCUCGUUCUCUCUCCGGUUCUCUCGUACAGCGAUCAGGCGAUUUCGAUGCACCGGACAAAGUCCAGCGCUGGCUUCUCGCUCGACAUCCCGCUCAUCAUGCUUGUCGCAUCUCUGCUGAGGAUAUUCUACUAUCCCGGCGCCAAAUUCGACAAUGCGCUCCUCGUCCAAUCGUUCGUCAUGGUCGUGAUGCAGGUGAUCCUACUGAAGAUCGCGCUGGAGCACCGGCCGGCGCCGUAUUCGAAGGGAGGCGAGGCUACAGUACCCUUUACCCGCGUUAACGAGACACGACGGCCGUUCAACUUCUGGCAGUGGAGAUCACCGAAACCAUACUGGCAGUUUUUGGUUUCGCUUUUUGUUGGUCUGGUGUUCUGCGAGUUCCUGCUGUCAUCACUUCCGUCGCUAUAUCAGUGGUACUCUUCUGCGAUCGGGUUCAUCGGCCUCGGUGUCGAGGCUACGCUGCCUAUCCCGCAGAUCCUAGCGAACGCCAGAUUGCGGUCGUGCAAGGGCUUCCGCCUGUCAGUUUUGGCCAGCUGGCUCAUCGGCGACAGCAUGAAGAUGUUCUGGUUCUUCACCUCGACAACAUCGAUCCCGUUGGCGUUCAAGGUCUGUGGCAUGUUUCAAGCGAUGUGCGACGCCGUCCUCGGGGUGCAGUAUAUGGUGUAUGGCGAUGGAGAGGCCGGUGCGAAGGCCCAUCAGAGCCCUGCUAUUGUGCAGCUUGAGCUGCAAGGGAACGGGUUUACUACAGCAAGCGGGCAUGCCAAGCCGCCUGGCCGGAGGACUUCAGUGUCGGAAAAGAGCAUAUGAACUGUAUGGACACGAAUUUGGACGGAUCUCAGUAGACACACGCGGUACCUUAUAUAGACUAAUAUUGAGACUCAGAGCAACCUAUCAUAUAUGA